AUGCUCAGAAAAGCACUGCUGGGAGUGGAGAAAAGCAGAAAAACAAUCCAGAAGUAUAAGCUCAAUGCGUACACCUUUUUUUCUUUUACAUCCACGCUGACAUUCUUCUCCGUUCUUAUGGGAAUAAAGUGGGUGAUACUGAUAUACGUCAUGUACUACAUAACAGCAUGCAAAAAAAUUACCUCGUACUAUCAGCCAACACCAGAGAACAUUCGAAUAGUUUCAAAAUUAAAAGGGCUGGAAAAAGUUUUCUAUCCGCACAUUCUCUGGCUGCUUCCCCAGAUACAGACAGUUUCGUACAUCGUAAGAACUCCUCUCAUCCACAGCCACACACAGGUAGAGAUGGAGCAGGAUGAUGGAGGAUCUUUCGUAAUAAACGUGUACGAGCCAGAGACACCUGCAGUGCACACAGUUAUCACCCUGCACGGGCUCGGAGGAUCAGCGAACUCCAAAAAUGUAAGGAUACUCGCAUCGCACCUCCUCAAAGACGGUCACAGGGUAAUUGGGCUGAGUGCUCGGGGCGGUAUUCAGAAGCUGAAAACGCCUGUGUUCUACCACAUAGGAUGGACAAAGGACUUAGUGAGCACGAUUAAGUACGCGCUGAAGACAUACACAGGCACAGUGUCUGGCAUAGGCUUCAGCCUUGGGGGGCACUGGCUGACUAAAACCUUCGGUGAGCUAGACUUGCACUUCACCAAAAGCGAGAUAGAGAGAAUAAAAGGAGGCAUGGGCAUUUCCAUUCCCUUUGACUUUGUGAAAAUAUCGAAGUACAUGCAGAGGCCCAUACCCAAGCGCAUAUACAACAGAGAAUUUGCGAAGAAGAUACACCGGUUGGUGCUGAGAAACAGGGAAGUGUUCGAAGAGAAUGGAUACGCAGUGUCUGAAAUAUUAAAGGCAAACACAAUGCACGACCUUGAUCUGCUUCUGACGUCAAAAGUGUUCAACAUCCCGAAUCUGGAGGAGUACUACUACAAAGAAUCGUGUGUACGGGUUAUUUCCAAAAUAAAUAAGCCGUUUCUGAUACUCAACUCAAAAGACGAUCCAAUUGUCCCGCUGCACACGAUUCCGAUAAAGGAGUGUGUGCAGAGCACGCAUGUGAUACUGGCUCUGACAGAAAGAGGAGGACACAUGGGCUUCCUAGGAUACUCAAACCACAUAAGCUAUGCAGAGGAGGCAGCUGUUGAGUUCACCCGAGUUAUAUCUGACAAAACAGAGUGA